UGCGCGGCUAAGCUGUAAUGUACAGGGUAAGAAAAAAUAAUUAAAGGGGGAAAUGUGAAGGGCUAAUUUUCAUCUAAUCUGUGCGACUCAAACAUCGAACUCAAGUCCUAUUAGAAAACCAGGUCCAUUCUUUCGAUUUCGCAUUUUGUUGGAAGGGUUGUUCUGUUUUGAAUGAGGUGCUCGCUCGCUCGCAAUCUCACUUCCGCAUUUGGUGGCUCUCCGGGCAGGCUGCGCACGCAACCAAUGUACCCGAGAUUGGAUUGAAAACUAGAGUCUGAUUGCAGUUUGAAAACGACAUUUAUUCUUUUAUUUGCAAGAAUGCAGUCGGAGCUGAGUAUUCGUCUUAAUGACGGCGGAUAUAAAAACUGGAUCAAGGCAGGCUUCUGUCUGCAGAAAAUACGAGAUUGUCUGAUUGGUUUUGUAAUCAGCGAAAUGGAGAAAUUCCACCAAUUUCUCCUUCACAAUAACUCGUUGCUGCGGCGAGAAAUUUGCAAGAAUUCUUGCCGUCCCCAAGGAACGAAAUUUCAGGGGGCAUGCCCUUUGUGCGAAGUAUGGAAGAGAGAAAUUCUGAAACAUCAUACAAUUCAAAACAAUGUGAUAUACUGGGGCAACUGUUCUCCUCCACUGUGGCCGAAGCAGGCUUGGGAAGUGGCAAAAGUCUAUAUGCCUCAUGGACAGGCCAACACACGGGGACCAGGAAAAUGUGAUGUGGCAGCUCUGUUAAAUUUAAUUAUUUCAUGUGACCGGUUUGAUUUUGUUGAACGGCAAAAAGUAAUUGAGAUAAUUAAAUGUCGCAAUGUCCUGAUGCAUUCCAUCGAAAUGAGAGUGUCUACUGAAUGGUUAAAUAACUAUAUACAGAAGACCCUUGCACUUCUACGGGCAUUUCAAUGCAUCCCUGAAGCAAAAGAGGCCAUCAGAAUUAUACAAGAGGUUGCAUCAUCAGAUUGGCAAGUUCAGCUAAUGGAAACUGACGGAGUGGAUGCACUGAAGUUUACAGAUGAGAUAGAUACUGGAGAGAUCUUAAAUGCUGAAUUAGAACUACUUAGAGAAUGGAUACAGGAGCUGUGUUUCACAAUGGAAGAACAAGAGGCUUUAGAUGUUCAGCAUAUAAACAGUCUGAAUACUUUCAAAGAAUUUUUGAAGCAAAACAAGGAACUUGAAAAUGUGCUUCACAAAGAGGUUCAGCAGUUGUAUGCUGUUGAGAAAAGAUGGAAACAUGGUGUGGGGACUGUGAAAGGUCAAGAUGGAGUGGAAUGGAAUCUGGAGGAAAAUGAAGGCUUAUCAACUAUGGAUGGCAAAACAGGGGAGGUUGAUUCAUGCAAAUGUACUUGUGCAUCCGGAUUAAAACAUAAUAAUGAGGAACAGGAAUAGACAAUUUAGUCCCUUGACCUCCUCCACCAUUUGAUAUGAUCAUGGCUGAUCUCAACUCAACCUCAACUCCACUUUCCUGCCUGCUCUCCGUAACACUUCAACCCAUUACUAAUUAAGAAUCUGUCUGUCUCCCCCUUAACUUUAUACAUGUCCCAGCAUCCAUUGCCCUCUGGAUUCAUGAAUUCCAAUGAUUUGAGAGAAUUAAUUUCUCCUUAUCUCUGUUUUAAAUCUGCUACCCUUUAUCCUAAAACUAGGACUUCUACUUCUGGAUUACCUCGCAUGAGGAACCAUCCUUUCUAUGUCUACUUUGAUCAUCCCUCAAUUAGACCUGCUCUCAUUCUUCUAAACUCCAGAGAGUAUAUACCUAAACCGUUCAAAGUCUCUUCAUCUCUGAAACAAUCUAAUGAACCUCGUCUGAACUGCCUCCAAUGCAACUACAUCCCUUCUCAAGUAAGGGGACAAAAAUUAUACACAGUACUCCAGGUGCGAUUUCACUAACCCAUGUACAGUUGAAGCAGCACCUCUCUAUUUUUAUACUGGAGACUUUAUCUAGGAACAGAUAAGUGUGGACUUGUAGAGCCAAAUGACCUGUUUCCACAAGGUAUGGAUUCUAUGAUUCCUCUCUCCCAGGAAUCUGUUUCCUUAUUGAGCAGCAUGGUGGCUCAGUGGUUAGCACUGCUGCCUCACAGCACCAGGGACCUGGGUUUGAU